GACAAGUUAAGUUAAGUACUUCUCACAUGGGUGAUGCUUAAGAGAGAGAAGGGGAAAGAGGUUGUGUUUUGUCUCUGUCUUUAUCUUUGUCUUUGUUAUCUGCUACCAUUGUUGGGAUUUCCCAAAGCUCUGUCUGAAGGUGGGGUGGGUUCAAUGAAGCUUAGCUAGGGAGGUUAUCAAUUCAUGCUUUCUGCUCAGAGAUGCUGGCAACCUUUCUUCAAUUCUGAGGAACCCUAAUUCAGUGUUGUAUGGUUCUUCUUCCUUUCUGCUGGGUGGGUGACUCAUCAUUCAUGGCUAUAAUUCCUGAUUCUUAACCCUUACAAUGUGAUAUUAUGAGUUAACUGGAGUUUGCAGCAAUGAAGUUUGUCAACCAGCAAUUUAUAGAUGAAGAAAUGCCUUACUUCAUAAAUUGGUUUACACUAUCGCGGAGCUAGUUUUUUAUAAUGUUGGUAACAUGUAGACCGGCAAUAGAAGUUGUAAAGUGAAACUGCACAAGUCAGCAGCAAUGUCAGUCGGCAAUGACAUAGAAGAUUUAGUCGAGGAUAAUUUUGAAGGAUCUAAUGAAGAAAGACAGAUUUUUACAGAGUUCUUUUCUGGUAACGACUUGUUUCAGUCUAACCAGAGGUCUCUUGUUUCUGGAGUUAUCAACUUUGAACAAGAAUCCAAUAAAAGCACAUUUAAAUCAUUUGGCUCUAGUAAUGAAAACUCAGUUGUAUGGCGUCCCUCGUCUUCAAGACCUACACAUCCGGUGGAGGACAUUAAUGUAAUUCAGAAUUCCAAAGAGACUGCUCUGGGGUGUAAUGUCAUUUGUGACGACCAGAGUGAUGAGGAUGUAGUUGUCAAACGUAUGAAAUUUUCUCUGCAUGAACGUCCUUGUAGUAGAUCUAAUUCAGAAAAUUCUUUUUGUUCAUCAGGACUUUCAACAGUAGUAGUUUCUAACCCGUCUCUUGCUGCUACGGACUGUGGUAAUGAACCAAUUGCAUUCCGCUUAGUUGAAUCUUCUAAACAUGGUGUGAUAUCUAGCUGCUUCUUGUUUAAGCAUGACAUGUUACAGAGUAAAAAAGCUGCUACAGAUGAUGCAGAUGAUAUGGUUUGUAAAUCAAUUACGGCAGAGGGGAAUGUUGUCAAAGAGGCAUUUGUAAGUAAAGUGGUUGCUUCUCCUGUUUCGCAGGAGAGCUUUGCAAACAGGCUUGUAGUUACAAGUCCAUCAAUGACCAUUGUGAAGAAGUCUGGGUCUCCUUUAAAUCCUGAGGAAAUGCCAGAAGGGUUUCUAUCUUCUAAUAUGGAUAUCCCAAAUUCAUCAUCAAAGCCAGACAAAGAAGAUCGUCGUGCUUUAUUGCAGUUUCAUUGUGUGCAGUUGCUUAUGAUGGCAGGAUGGUCUAUUGAGAAGCGCCAACGACCUAGUAGGCGUCACAUGGAUUCGGUUUAUAGGACUCCAAAGGGAAAGCCCAUUCGGGAAUUUACAACAGCUUGGAGAUUAUGUGGUCAGGAUUUGUCUGUUGAAAAGUGCAAUUUGAUGUAUGCAGAUUGUAAGGAGUGGACUGACAUUAGCCAAUUCUGGUCUGAUCUGUCCUGUGCACUGAUAAAUGUUGAGAAAACAAAGACACAGUCAGAUCCUGCAGCUAUGUUGGCUUAUCGAUGGUUGCUUUUGGAUCCUUUUGUUGUAGUUAUAUUUGUUGAUAAAAAGAUUGGUGCACUGAAAAAGGGAGAGAUAGUAAAAGCAUCUUGGAGUUUAGUUUCUGGUAAGCAUAAGAUGACACAUGCUCCCAUUGAUUCAGCUCAGAAGAACAUUGGUGGUGCUCCUUUUGAUGAAAAACAUGACAAAGCCUUUCUCUGUGAUUCUUCUACAGCCACUGAAACCACACUAACUGCUUUGGUUAAAUACCAUGGCCAUGAUCAGAAAUCUAAUGGUAGCCAGGAAGAUAUGUAUGUCAUGCAACAUAGUCCCAACAGCAUGGAAUGUAGCAAAAUGUCUGUGAGCAAAAGUAACAUGGAUCUAGUCUCUUUACAUGGUUUUGGAUUGGAUAGUGCCUGUACUCAGUCAAGAGCUUCCACUUUAGAUAUUCCUCCUGACUCGAGAAAUUUGAACCAGGUACUUGAAGUGUCCAAAGUGAAUGCUGUUCAUCAAGCUAAUAUUAGAACUUCCAAAUGCUUUGAUAAAGAGCGAUCAGUUCAUCUGAAAACAAAUCAAAGAAUCGAUGGAGAUGUACCAAUGGACACGUCAAAGAAAAAUAAUGCAAAUGGUUUGAGCCACGACAUGGUUCAUUCUCAUGAUUCAAAAGCUAUUAAACAGUCUGAAUGCAGUGAGGAAGAAGGAAUGGAAAAAUCAAUGGCUACUCUAUUCAGAAUAGAUAACACACAUUCUGACACAAAUUUUAUUCUUAAAAAGAAAAUGCAGAGGAAGUGCAAAAGGGUAUCUGAAAUCAAGCCAAGUACAGCAGACCAUAGUCGCAUGCUGGGCUCAACUGAUACUGACCGGGUGCAGUCACAGAAUCGUGAUGCAUGUGGCACUCAGUUAGCUUUGGUCGAGGUCCAUAAUUAUCAAGUUGACAAUGCUGGAAAAAGAAGAAACCAUGGAAAGUUAUCAUCUGUCAGUGAAAUCCAGCAACAUGUUAGGAAAACAAACUACUCCAUAACUGAAACAAAAAAGCCCAAUGGAUGCCUGAUUAAAGAUGAUGAUCUAUUAGUAUCAGCAAUAUUCAGGAAUAAAGGCUUUAGCCCAAAGAAAAUUCGAGGUAGUUAUAGACCUAAAUCCUGCAAGAGAAAGUUUAAAAGCCAAAAGGAACGGUGCAGGUUGCUACCCAGGAACCCUUGUAAUGGAGGAAAGCACAAUAAGGAUGGCAAGAGGUAUUAUUUGGGACAAAGGACACUUUUGUCCUGGUUGAUUGAGCAUGGGGUCAUAUCUUUGAAUGAUGUGAUUCAAUACCGAAACCCUAAAAAUGGUUCUGUCACUAAAGAUGGUAGGAUCACCAAAGAUGGUAUUAUUUGUAAGUGUUGUGGUAAGGUGCUGACACUAUCAGAGUUCAAGUUUCAUGCUGGGUUUACACUAAGUCGCCCCUGCUUGAAUCUUUUCAUGAAGUCUGGUGAGCCCUUUACAGUGUGCCUCCUUCAAGCAUGGUCAGCUGAAUAUCAAGCCAGGAAAAGUCUGAAUCAAGCUGUGCCUGUUGAUGAAAGUGAUAGAAAUGAUGACUCGUGUGGGUUGUGUGGUGAGGGGGGUGAGCUGAUAUGCUGUGAUAACUGUCCAUCUACUUUUCACCUGGCUUGUUUGUCCACUCAGGAGAUCCCUGAUGGCAAUUGGUACUGCACAAACUGCACCUGUCGAAUAUGUGGAAAUUUGGUCAAUGAUAAAGAGGCUUCAGAUGCGUUUGAUUCAUUGCAAUGCUCACAGUGUGAACAUAAAUAUCAUCAGAAAUGCCUGAGAGAAAGAAAUAAACAAGAACUCACAGUUUCAGACACUUGGUUUUGUGGUCAGAGUUGUCAGGAGGUAUACUCUGGUCUCCAAUCUCAGGUGGGGUUAGUUAAUCAAGUUGCUGAUGGCUUCUCAUGGAUGCUUCUUAGAUGCAUUCACGACGACCAAAAGGUUCAUUCUACCCAAAGGCUUGCCCUAAAGGCAGUAUGCAACACAAAAUUAGCUGUCGCCCUCACCAUCAUGGAGGAGUGUUUUUUGUCAAUGUCGGAUCCAAGAACAGGCAUCCAAAUGUUACCCCAAGUUUUAUACAACUGGGGGUCUGAAUUUUCUCGUCUGAACUUUCAAGGGUUUUACACCGUGGUGUUGGAGAAACAAGAUGUAUUAGUAUCUGUAGCAUCUAUCAGGGUGCAUGGAUCUUCAGUUGCUGAGAUGCCUCUAAUUGCAACUUGCAGUCAGUAUCGUCGUCAGGGAAUGUGCCGACUCCUUGUUAGUGCAAUUGAAGAGAUGCUAAUAUCUGUCAAGGUAGAAAAGCUUGUGAUAGCAGCCAUUCCUGAUUUGGCGGAGACAUGGACUAAGGGCUUUGGAUUCAUACCUGUAAGUGACAUUGAAAAGCAAAGAUUGAAAAGAAUCAACUUGAUGGUUUUUCCUGGGACGGUGUUACUUGAAAAGCCCUUGUAUGGGAAGCAGAAAACUGGAGGACUCUGUGAUCAAUCAACUUUAGCAUCAAAUGAAAUGACCAAAGUAGGUAUCUGUUCUGAAGAAAUUACCUUAUUGCCGCAAGAUGUUCGAAACAAACCUACCAGUAAUGUUGGUGCUAAUUCAGAAUAUGAACCUGUGGACAGCAAAAUUCAGUCAGACUAUAAGGCUGGCAGUGAAACAAGCAGAGAAGAUAAUACUCAAACUGUUGAGACUGCUUUAGGAGCCAAAGAAUUAACAGAAACAAGUAGCUGUUAUAGAGGAAAGACUGUGAUGGUAGGUGGAUCAGAGAAAUCUAUGGAAGGAACCAAUCAACAGGAGUUGAGCACCAGCAACCAAAUGCAAAUGGCAAGUGAGGCGGUACAGCAAUCUAGCGAAAACUGCUGUGCUAACAAAGAUGGUACUGAGUCAGGUUUAAGAAUUAUUGAGGGCAAGAAUAUCAAAAUUGAUGAAGUGCAGGAAAAUGCUUUGCAUGGCCAAUUUUCAAGUAUGUCCUGCAAGACUUUUUCAGGCAGCAAUUUUGACAUGGAUUCCAAUAUUGAAUGCUCAUUGAUGUAUGAUGAAACAGAUUUUUUAGGGACAUCUGGAAAGUCUGCAUCUGGAGUAGAGUAGAUGUUUAGAGAAGUGGUUUGAUGUUCAUAACAAAAUUGUAAUUUAGUAGUACUAUAUGUUAGGAAUGCUAACCUCAAAUUGUUGAAACAUAAAAUGGGUUCAAUCUUCAAGGCAAUGAAUUAAAGGAGUUAAUUGUGACA